GAGUCUCGUUAAAUGCAAGCUUUGUUUAUAAGUCUGAAAAUAUUAAAAUACGAAAAAUAAAUUGAAAACUACGUUGAUAUAUAUCAUAAAUUAACAUUAAAAAUCGUUCUUCAUCCAUCGAAAACAAAAUGGAUCUGAGUUUGGAUGAGUUAAUCAAGAAAAAUAAGAAAAGCAAAAAUUUGGGCUCCAGAAAAAAAUUAACCACUAAGCCAGGAGCUAAAAAGGAAGUAAACAUCAAAGGAAAGCCAGGCUUGAAAGCAAAGACACAAUCACCAAAGGGUCCAAAAACUUUACUGGAUGCUCGUUCAAAAAUAAUCCAAAAGAAGCGCCAUAAGAUUCGAGAUGCUCGAGAUAUCAUCGCUCAGAAUGCAAAAAAGUCAAUCAGAGAUGCUCGAGAAUUAUUGUCAACAUCUAAAAAAUCUCCAGUGACACGAACGGGUGCUCGCCCUGCAAAAAAAGUUUCAAUUCCUCGUAGCCGACCAAACCAUCCAGUAAGACAACUUUCCAACCUCAUGAUGGUUGAUGACUUGGAUCUCAAUGAAUUGCAAUUAAAACCAACUGGCAACUUGAAACGUACCGUUCACAACGAAUUUGCAAGCAUCCCACCUACCAUGCCAAAAUUGCCUAGCUUCAGCAUCACUCAGGAACUCCCACGCCUUUCACCAGAUCCUUUCGAUUGUUAUGUUGUUCCAACACGUCGACCUGUUCCAGUUGCACCACUUCGUACUGAGAGAAUUGAGCGCUUUCAACCAGGUCGUAUAAUGAGUGCACAUAUGGAUGCUUACGAACCUCGCAAAUCAAUUUUAAGACCAUCGCAAUUAGAUGAGCAUGACGAUCGAUUCGAAAGCGAUCGCUACUUCUCCUCAUCAAGUGACGGCGUUCGAUCUCGUUUAUAUAAUGAUCGAGAUCGUAAUGAAUCAGCUGGAAUCUUUGCAAAGCUUCCUGUUCGCGGGACUUCGCCGCCUCAAGCUCAGAUUGGCCAUCGAAUUAUUAUUUCAAACUUGCACACGUCAGUCACUGAGAGUGAUGUUUGUGAGCUUUUCGAAGAUGUUGGACCGCUUGUUUCAGCACACAUGGUACGACCUGGAAUUGCUGAAGUUGUGUACAAAAAUCUUGGUGAUGCUGAGGAAGCUGUCGAAACUUAUCACAAUCGUCAACUGGAUGGUCAGCCGAUGAAGUGCAUGCUUGUCCGCUCAAGUGCUAAACCAGCUUAUUCGAGAUUGGACGAUUACGCUCCAGCUCGUUUGGUGAAAAAAAUGUAAGACUUUUAUUGGGAACGUUCACUUUCGUUAUCAUAGCUUACAAUUUCAACCAUUCACUUCUCUAUUAAACUAUUAUAACUAUUGAAAUCAAUUUCUCAGAAUUGUCACAGAAAUAUUUGAUGAAUUGCAUAAUUUGAAAUUUCAUUUAAGAUUUGAUGAACGUUCCCUUAAAACAGAAAUGAAAUUUAAUAAUUACAAUAAAAUUAAUAAAUACAAAACUUUCAAUGGAAUUUCAUAUCAAA